UCUGGAGGCUUGGCCUUUGACGUCAUCUUGAGGCCACCAAUCAUGGAGAACCCCCCAAUCGUCCUCAUGAAGAAUCAUUCGCCCUCUAGAGAAAUUUCGCAGGAAGAUAUCAAUAAGAAGUUGAAGGAAGCUGAAGAUAGGAGAUUGGCUUUGGAAAACCAGAAACUGCAAUCUGUACAAAAGAGCAAGGAGAGAGCAGCCGAAGCCAACCAGAGAGUUCAGGAUCUGAAUGAAUCAUUCAUCAAGGAGGUCGAGAAGAAGCUGAACGAGAAGAUGGAAGUUUCAGCUGAAAUGAAGACUCAGCAGAUCAGAAUUCUGCAAGAAAAGUUGAAAGAACAUGAGCAGCAUAUAAGAGACAUCAGACAGAACAAGAUGAUGAAUCAGUCGAUGUCG